AUGCGAUUGUUGCUCUUUGCAACGUUCAUGACAUGGAGGUUUCGCCUUGUCAACGAAAGCUCACAACAGCUGCGCCGAGCCAUAGCAGACCGAGAGGCUCAGCAGCUGGUGCUUGGCGGAAUCUCCUUCUGCCGGCUUUCCACAGGCGGAGUUGAUGUGGCAACCUGUGGUUCUGGAUGUUUGAAGACAUCUCGGCAGAUGGAUGCACCACAUCCGCAGAGAGAAGAUGUCACCUCGAACAUCUCCAUGCAGAUCUUCGCCGGUGCCCUGCGCACUGCCUACUUCGAGUUUGGCAGUUUGCUGGGCUGCUUGAAGGCCCGGCUGCUGGCCCGCCGCGCCGGACUCCCUUGGGAUCUGCCUCAGGAGGAAGACGGGCGACUUCUCAGCUUGGACCGGCUCUGGGCAGCCAUCCGGGCACGGCCAGAGGCCGUGAACACGGCCACGCCAGAAGGGAAGCCGCUGACCGUGGCGGUGAAGAAAGGCAAAAGGGAUGCCGUGGCGCUGCAGACGCUGGGAGCUGCUGCGGAAGAGUGGGGCUGUGCUGACCUGUGCUGGACCAGCUCCUCCACGACUCCGCAGCUCGAGGCGCUUUUGCUUCCAGCUGUUACAGGCAUCUUGGAAGUCUCAGGCAACCUGGAGGCGCUGCAGCUUCUUCUCUUCGAAGCCUCGGGGCACGGUGGAACUCCUCUUGACGUGGCCGUCAGCCGCAACCAACAGGAGUGUGUUCAACUCUUGCUGGACGCUGGUGGCCGACAUUCUCUUCAUCGUGCUGCUGAGUUGGCCGUGCCUGUCAUGGUGCGUGCCUGGCUGAACGAAGGCGCUGAUGUGGAGGAGCGCGACAGCAGUGGCGCAACGCCACUACUGCUGGCUGCGAAAGGGGCUGGCCGCACUGCGGAGCGAACAGAGUGCAUCAAGCUGCUCUUGUGCGCUGAUGCUAUGGUUGAUGCUCUUCCAAUCACACAGGAGACGCCGCUGAUGCAUGCAGCGGCUCAGGGCAUUCGUCAGCACUGUGAGCUUCUCCUUGAGGCGAGGGCUGACUGCCAGCUUCGCGACAGACGAAACCGGCAGCCCAUCGACCAUGCUACCAAGCAGGACUAA